AUGAUCACCUCAGAGCUGCCGCUGAUACAGGACUCCGUUGAGUCGGGUCAGGACACUGUGAGUCUCAGUAUGAGUAUGAGUGAGCUGGACGACAUUGGAGAUGGAAAGACCAAGAAGAAGAGAGGAAGGCCUGGCAGACCACCUGCACCUAACAAGAAACCUCGGAAGUCACCAUCAGAAAAGGGUCCGAUGGGAGUCCAGCGGGGGCGGAAGGCCAAUGGGAUGUCCCAGCAGAACGGAGAGGGCGAUCCUGUCACUCUGUUUGAAGUGGUCAAACAGGGAAAGAGUGCUAUGCAGUCGGUCGUUGAUGAUUGGAUCGAGUCAUACAAACAAGACCGAGAUUUAGCACUUCUGGACCUCAUCAACUUCUUCAUCCAGUGCUCCGGCUGUAAAGGCACUGUAAGAAUUGAAAUGUUUCGCAACAUGCAGAAUGCUGAAAUUAUUCGCAAAAUGACAGAAGAGUUCGACGAGGACAGUGGCGAUUACCCCUUGACCAUUUCUGGCCCGCUGUGGAAGAAGUUUCGCUACAACUUCUGUGAGUUCAUCUGCGUCCUGAUCCGCCAGUGCCAGUACAGCAUCAUCUACGACGAGUACAUGAUGGACACGGUCAUCUCUCUGCUCACGGGUCUGUCGGACUCACAGGUCCGAGCCUUCAGACACACCAGCACUCUCGCAGCCAUGAAGCUCAUGACAGCUCUGGUGAACGUAGCUCUGAAUCUGAGCAUUAACCAGGACAACACACAGAGACAGUAUGAAGCCGAACGCAACAAAAUGGCGGGAAAGAGAGCCAAUGAGAAACUCGAACUCCUACUUCAGAGGAGGAAAGAGCUUCAAGAAAACCAAGAUGAAAUCGAAAACAUGAUGAAUUCAAUCUUCAAGGGAAUCUUUGUUCAUCGUUAUAGGGAUGCGAUAGCUGAAAUCAGAGCGAUUUGUAUAGAGGAGAUCGGUGUGUGGAUGAAGAUGUACAGCGAUGCCUUCCUGAAUGACAGCUACCUGAAGUAUGUGGGCUGGACCUUACACGACCGGCAAGGUGAAGUACGCUUGAAGUGUUUGAAAGCCUUACAAAACCUCUACACAAACCGCGAACUGUUUCCAAAGCUCGAGCUCUUCACAAACCGUUUCAAGGAUCGGAUCGUGUCUAUGACGCUGGAUAAAGAGUAUGAUGUGGCUGUGGAGGCCAUCAGACUGGUCACGCUGAUCCUUCAGGGUAGCGAGGACGCUCUGUCUAAUGAGGACUGUGAGAAUGUCUAUCACCUGGUGUACUCGGCCCACCGGCCUGUGGCAGUGGCUGCUGGGGAGUUUCUACAUCGAAAGUUGUUCAGCAGACAUGAUCCUCAGGCGGAGGAGGCUCUGGCCAAACGCAGGGGCAGGAGCAGCCCGAAUGGAAACCUCAUCCGCAUGCUGGUGCUCUUCUUCCUGGAGAGUGAGCUGCACGAACAUGCUGCCUAUCUCGUGGACAGUUUGUGGGAGAGCUCUCAGGAGCUGCUGAAGGACUGGGAGUGCAUGACCGAACUGCUGCUGGAGGAGCCAGUGCAGGGCGAGGACGUGUUGUUGGAGCGGCAGGAGAGUGCCCUGAUUGAGCUGACCGUCUGUACCAUUCGUCAGGCUGCUGAGGCCCACCCGCCUGUGGGGAGAGGGACUGGGAAAAGGGUUUUGACUGCAAAGGAAAGGAAGAUGCAGAUCGACGACAAAAACAAAUUAACGGAGCACUUCAUCAUGGCUCUUCCCAUGUUACUCUCAAAAUACCAGACAGAUGCAGAGAAGAUAGCCAACCUCCUACAGAUCCCGCAGUACUUCGACCUGGACGUGUACAGUGCUGGGAGGAUGGAGAAGCACUUGGAAGCGUUACUAAAGCAGAUCAAGUUCGUGGUGGAGAAGCACACGGACACGGAGGUCCUGGAGGCCUGCAGUAAGACCUACAGCAUCCUGUGCAGUGAGGAGUACACCAUCAUGAACCGCGUGGACAUCGCCCAUAGUCAGCUCAUCGAUGAACUAGCCGACCGCUUCAACCACUCGGUGGAGGAGCUGCUGCAGGCGGGGGAAGAGGCGGAUGAUGACGACAUCUACAAUGUUCUCUCCACUCUUAAGAGACUCACAGCCUUUCACAAUGCUCAUGACUUGACACGAUGGGAUUUGUUCGGGAACUGCUACAGGUUGCUAAGGACAGGAAUAGAGCAGGGCUCUAUGCCAGAGCAGAUCGCCGUACAGGCUCUUCAGUGUUCUCAUUACUCCAUACUAUGGCAGCUUGUGAAGAUCACAGAUGGAGCUCCAUCCAAGGAUGAUCUGCUAGCACUACGGAGGGUUGUCAAGUCUUUUUUAGCUGUGUGCCAGCAGUGUCUUUCAAACGUCAACACGCCGGUUAAAGAGCAGGCGUUCAUGCUGCUGUGUGACCUGCUGAUGAUCUUCAGUCACCAGCUCACCACAGGCUCCAGAGAGGGUCUGCAGCCUCUGGUCUUCAACCCAGAUAGCACCCUGCAGAACGAGCUGCUCAACUUCAUCCUAGACCAUGUGUUUAUAGACCAGGAUGACGAGAAUCAGAGCAUGGAGGGUGAUGAGGAGGAUGAAGCUAACAAGAUUGAGGCCUUACACAAGAGGAGAAACCUCCUAGCUGCCUUCAGCAAGCUCAUCAUUUACGAUAUAGUAGACAUGCCAGCCGCUGCAGACAUCUUCAAACACUACAUGAAGUACUACAACGAUUAUGGAGACAUCAUCAAGGAGACUCUAAGUAAGACCAGACAGACGGACAAGAUACUGUGUGCCAAGACGCUCAUCCUGAGCUUACAGCAGCUCUUUAAUGAGCUCAUCCUGGAUCAGGGGCCUAACUUGGACAGGACGUCAUCUCAUGUGAGCGGCAUUAAGGAAUUGGCCCGUCGCUUUGCCCUCACCUUUGGCUUGGACCAGAUCAAGACCAGAGAGGCUGUGGCCACACUGCACAAAGAUGGCAUUGAGUUCGCCUUCAAGUAUCAGAAUCCUAAAGGACCAGAGUAUCCCCCUCCAAAUCUGGCCUUCCUGGAGGUCCUCUGUGAAUUUUCCUCCAAGCUUCUUCGCCAAGACAAGAAAACAGUGCACUCAUAUCUGGAGAAGUUCAUGACUGAGCAGAUGAUGGAGAGGCGGGAAGACAUCUGGCUGCCGCUCAUCUCCUACAGGAACUCUCUGCUGACGGGUGGAGAUGAAGAUCGCAUGUCCAUCACCAGCGGCAGCAGCAGCAGCAAAGCUGCGUCCGUACGGAGCAAGAAGGGCCGUCCACCACUACACAAGAAACGCAUCGAGGAGGAGAGUGUGGAGGGCUCUUGGAUGAUGAGGAACGACACCCUACAGACCCCCGGAGCCCUGCAGACACCCCAGCUCACCUCCACCGUGCUCCGAGAAAACCCUCGGCAAGCUGCUGAGCACCUCUCUGAGCAGAACUCUGAGCCCGGCUCCGAAUCCGACUAUGUUCAUAAUCCUCAGAUGCAGAUGUCCUGGCUUGGCCAGCAGAAGAUGGAGGAGGUGAACAGGAAAGAACGCACAGCCGUGAACUACAUGAAGGCCCGUAGCGGAGGAGUACGGCAGACUGUACGUGGUCUCAUGGAGGACGACGCAGAGCCCAUCUUUGAGGACGUCAUGAUGUCAUCGCGAGGUCAGCUGGAAGACAUGAGUGAGGAAUUUGAGGACACCAUGGUCAUUGAUCUGCCUCCAUCCAGGAACAGACGGGAGAGAGCAGAGCUGAGACCGGACUUCUUUGACUCUGCAGCCAUGAUUGAAGAUGAGUCGGGUUUCACUAUGCCCAUGUUCUGA